CCGGAUAGCGAAUGAGAAGCCAUCUUCGGCGUCAUCCACUCCACGAGCCACGGACACAAACCGUUUCUGUCAGCAGACUCAAAAGUUUCACAGCGAGCAGGAGGUCCAUCAGCUCUUCUCUAAACGGUCUAAGGACUUCAGGAGACCAUCUCAAAGCUCAGAUCUCACUUCAGUGUAACCCAGCAGAAACACAGAGCCAUGGGGAACGGAUGCGUCACAGUCAUCAAGUACUUUCUAUUCCUCUUCAACCUUCUCUUUUUUAUCUUUGGUGCCUUGAUUGUGAGCUUUGGACUGUGGGUACUCUUUGAUACCCAAAGCUUCAUCUCUGUUCUACAGGAAUCAUCAGAGACAGUGAAGGUUGCAUCGUAUAUCCUCAUUGGAGUGGGGUCCCUGUCAAUGGCCAUGGGCUUCUUUGGCUGCAUUGGAGCCAUUUAUGAAAUCCGUUGUUUGUUGGGUCUGUACUUCACCUGCCUCCUCCUCAUCCUCAUCGCUCAAGUCACUGCUGGAGUUCUGAUUUACUUCCAGAGAGAUCGGUUGAAAUAUGAGAUGUCCACCAUCAUUAAGGGCCUAAUCAUCAGCUACACGGGUCAGAACAAAACCACAGAGCAAACUUGGGACUACAUUCAGAAGACGAUGGAAUGCUGCGGAUGGACCGGUCCUGGCAACUGGUCAGAAAACAUUUUGAUCAAGAACAGCACGCAGAACCUCUACCCCUGCUCCUGUCGCAACAGCUCCCACCCUGGCACUGACAUGAGAGAAGGUGGCCUCUGUGAGAGCUUGUCUGAAAAUCUGCCCGUCUUUCAAACGGGUUGCAUAAGCAGUGUAGAGAAAUGGCUGCUGGAAAACUGUGGAAUCAUUCUGGGGAUAUGUGUUGGAGUGGCAGUUGUGGAGCUCCUGGGGAUGAUCCUGUCCAUGUGUCUGUGCAAGAGCGUCGUCCAGCAGGAUUACGACAAAGUACCCAAGUACUGAGCUGAGGCUGCGCUCGCAUCAUAAACACACACACGCACACACACACACACACACACACACACACACACACACACACACACACACACACACACCAGCUGUCUCCACCAUUUGUGAUCCUCACAUCUUUACAGAUGUUUAAAUCUCUCAUUCUCUCUCACACACACACACACCUCUCAAGCAAAGUCUUAUUGUGAUUUUUUUUGUGUGUUUUUUUAUUUUGUUUUGUUUUUUGUUGAAAGCUCAAGAGUUUUAUUAUCAGAAGCUGGACAAAUGUCCAUUCUUGUGUUGGCUGUUUUUAUGUUCUGAGAGCAGCUCACACCAUGCUGUUAGGGAGCACUUUAGUCACACGCAGAACUUUGGGUUCCAGGGCAGAGAUUAGGGAGGGAAUAAAUGGUGUGUGUGCGUGCGUGUGUGUGUGUGUGUGUGUGUGUGUGUGUGUGUGUGUGUGUGUGUGUGUGUGUGUGUGUGUGUGUGUGUGUGUGUGUGUGUGUGUGUGUGUGUGUGUGUGUGUGUGUGUGUGUGUGUGUGUGUGUGUGUGUGUGUGUGUGUGUGUGUGUGUGUGUGUGUGUGUGUGUGUGUGGUAGACCAUAUGAAGGAUUACUGCCACCCUGUGAUCUUGCACCUGGUAUAUUUGUUGCUGUGGGUGGAGGGAGAGCUGAGGUCACAGCUGCAGCGACGGAGGUUUUUGACUUCCAUCGUCAGCUCUCUGCACCCAGAAACCCUGAUAUUAGCCCCCGCUGACCCCCACCCAUCACCACCACAUCCUCCUCCCUGUUGUUCUCCAUCAUCCCCUGUGAGCCUCCCUGUCGUACUGCUGGGUCUUCAAAACCAACAGCAUGAAGAAAGUGGAUGUCAUUGUUAUAUUCUCAUGUCAUCUGUUGGUUAGCUGUACAUAAGUUUCUGCUAGGGCUCAGCGUUUUAUAUGGGAAUGUUUUCACCCCCGCACUCUUGUUUUAAGAGCCCCACUGUUCCCGGCUUCCUCUCCAUUGUUUACAAUGUGCAGAGUGAGGCGACCAUUGCUGCUUGUCAGCGCUAUUUUGAUCCGAAUCAGAGAAACUGGAACCCUGAAAGUGAAUCUGUCAUCACUCCCAAAGCCAUAAUUUCCUUUCUUUAACAUGGAAUCGUUUUGGGAGCAACAAACCACAAACCCUGCCCUGAUGUCUUUAUUUAAGCUCCUUCACUUUGCCUUUUUUUUUUUACUGUAAGACAACAAGCCACAGUGUGACCUCUGUGGUUUUUCCGCUUUUCUGCAUUGUUGUUUUCUGAGACGUCAUUUAUAUUGUUGGUAAGAUCACAGGAAGAAAAAAGAAGAGGUUUUGUAUUUUUAGAAACAUUUUUGACCUAAAAAGACCAUUUAGUCAGCACUUUCUUCUGUUAUUAAUAACAUUUCCUUGUUUCAUUAUCCCACUCCUUCCACUACAUUUCAGACACGUAUUUAGAGCAGAGUUUUGGGUGACUUAGUGAGCAGGUUGCACUUUCACGUGGCCCGUGCGGUCUUAUCACACCGUGUUCAUUCUGCUCCGACGCGGGUAGGAGAAACCUGCCAAACGGUCACAGUUACAGUCCACUUCCUGUCUUUUGUUCUACAUUAAGUUAAGUUGAGGUAAAAUAAUGAAGGUUUGUUUUUGUUUAAAAUGUUUUGUACUCAGAUGUUUGUUAGAGAAAAAAUGUGGAUCUAAAAGUCUUGUUCAGACAUUUUUAUGUACCUUUUUUGUUAUUGAGAAUAUAAAUAAAUCUGAACCACAA